CACACGUGAUGUCCCAUGGGUCUGGUGACUCCGGGUGUCCCCUCCCCACGCCGCAGGUUCGGGGCGGAGGAGACUCACGAGGAGAACCGCGUCCACCUGGGCAACGCCAUCAUGUCCUUCUACGCCGCCCUCAUCGAUCUGCUGGGCCGCUGCGCCCCCGAAAUGCACCUGAUCCAGGCUGGGAAGGGCGAAGCGCUGCGGAUCCGCGCCAUCCUGCGCUCCCUGGUGCCGCUGGACGACCUGGUGGGCGUCAUCAGCCUUCCCCUACAGAUCCCGGCCUUUGGGAAAGACGGGAACGUGGUGCAGCCCCGCAUGGCCGCCAGUUUCGUGCCGGACCACAAGGCGCCCAUGGUGCUGUUCCUGGACCGCGUCUACGGCAUCGAGACGCAGCAGUUCCUGCUGCACGUGCUGGAGGUCGGCUUCCUGCCCGACAUGCGCGCCGCCGCCUCGCUCGACACGGUGCGUACGGGAUCUGUGGGGCGGCUGUGGGGCGGCUGCGGGGUCCCCUUGUCCCGUUGGAUGGGCGGAGGGUGACCUUGUCUCAUAGGGUGGUUGUAGGGCCCACCAGUCCUGCGGGGUGAGGGUGGGUUCCCCUCAGCCCAUGGGGUGGAGGUGGGGUCAAGCCGUCCUCCCUUG